AUGAGAGAGGAGAGUGGAGAGUCAAUGAAACACAGUGCUUACGAGAAUAAGCUGAGCCUCCGUGGUGAGACUGAAAGCUUCCCCCAGAAGGUGAAGAUGUCUGUAUAUUCAGAGUCCCAGCAAAAAGUGAUGGCAAACGCCAAUAGGCACAGCCAGGGUUUGAAUGGAGGCAGCCUUUGGCACCUGCACUCAAAACCGCUGCACUGGGCCUCCCUGGGGGAAAUCACUGAUGCUUUUCUGUGUCUGCCACGCAGCUUUGCCCUGGUGAGUAACAAGCUGUACCAGCGGAAGGAGCCUCUUAUCAGUUCUGUUCACACCAAGGUGAAAGGGGUAGCAGAGGUGAGAGGGGAGAUUUUGGAGAAUGGAAUGAAGAAGGAAGUGCAGAGUAUCUUCGACACCGCGGAUUACACCUUCCCCUUGCAGGGAAACUCCUUCUUUGUGAUGACAAACUUUCUCAAGACAGAAGGCCAGAAGCAGGGGCUGUGUCCUGAGACUCUCUUCAGCUUUCCCCUCCCCCAUCUCUACCCAUCCUACAAGGCCCGGCUAAACAGCCCCUCUGUGUCCCUGUUCGUGCCAGGGACCAGUGGUUUUGCGGGCUUCAUAGAUGAAGCACAGAAUUGUAGCUUCUUAGAGCUGACAGGUCAUAGGGGUUGGGGAGCCAGGCCUGCGCUCUUGAACAGUGCCGAAAACUUCACUGUGCUUAUCAAGAAUAAUAUCGACUUCCCUGGCCACAACUACACCACGAGAAACAUCUCGCCAGAUUUAAACAUCUCUUGCACAUUUCACAAGACUCAGAACCCACUGUGUCCCAUUUUCCGACUAGGAGAUAUCUUCCGAGAAACAGGAGAUAAUUUUUCAGAAGUGGCAAUUCAGGGAGGAAUCAUGGGCAUUGAGAUCCACUGGGAUUGCAACCUGGACAGUUGGUCCCAUCGCUGCCGUCCAAAAUACAGUUUCCGUCGCCUUGACGACAGGACAACCAAUGAUUCCUCGUACAUAAGUCCAAGGAGUCCUGGCUACAACUUCAGAUACGCCAAGUACUAUAAGGAAAACAAUGUUGAAAAGAGGACCCUGAUCAAAGUCUUUGGGAUCCGUUUUGACAUCCUGGUUUUUGGCACCGGAGGAAAACUUGACAUUAUCCAGCUCAUCGUGUACAUCGGCUCAACCCUCUCCUACUUUGGUUUGGCCACUAUGUUCAUUGACUUCCUCAUCAACACUUACUCGAGUACGUGCUGCCGAACCCACGUGUAUCCCAGUUGCAAGUGCUGCGAGUGCUGUGCGGUCAAUGAGUACUAUUACAGGAAGAAAUGUGAGUCCAUUGUGGAGCCAAAGCCGACGCUAAAAUAUGUGUCCUUUGUGGAUGAACUCCACAUUAGGAUGGUGGAUCAGCAGCUACUUGGGAGAAGCCUGCAAAAUGUCAAAGGCGAAAAAGUCCAAAGACCCUUGAUGGACUUCACACUGUUGUCCAGGCUGCCGCUGUCUCUCCAGGACCCACGCCCCAUGCCAGGACAACCAGAGGAAAUCCAGCUACUUAGUGAAGCGGCGACUCCGAGGCCCAGCAAUAGCCCUGGUUGGUGCCAGUGUGGAAACUGCCUCCCAUCCGAGCUGCCCGAGCGCCGCCGAUGCCUGGAGGAGCUGUGCUGUCGGAAGAAGCCAGGUGCUUGCAUCACUACCUCCGAGCCAUUCAGGAAGCUCGUUCUGUCCCGAGGGGCCCUGCGGUUCCUCCUGCUGUACCAGGAACCCCUGCUGGAGCUGGACGCAGACUCCACCAACAGCCAGCUGCGGCACUGUGCCUACCGGUGCUAUGCCACCUGGCGCUUUGGCUCCCAGGACCUGGCCGACUUCGCCAUCCUGCCCAGCUGCUGCCGCUGGAGAAUCCGGAAAGAGUUUCCCAAGAGUAACGGCCAGUACAGUGGCUUCAAGAGUCCUUACUGAUGCCCUGUGCUUGUAACAGCAACUUUGCUUGCACUUUGAGCUUCACCUGCAAAGAUCUGUGUCCAGAUUUUCAGACAAAGGGAAAUGUGCUUUCCUCUGCUAUAGCUCUAUGUGUGUCAGAGCACAGAGACCUGGUUACACACACACACACACACACACACACACACACACACACACACACACCAGAAUCCCUCAGCACGGACCAAAAGUCAGGAGAUUCAGGUGUCUGUCUCGAUUCUGUCCCCAGGGAGUUGUGUGAUUCCCAGGCCUUGAGCCUCUGUACCUCAGUCACCUUCUUAUCCAAUCUACUAUAUCACAGAGGUAUUGGAGGAAAAACUGAGAGUAUACAUGAACUUCCUUGUUGAUGCAUAAAGAAUUACAUGAAUACAAAGCAGCUCAUUAUGAGGUCAGACUAGGAUAACGGCCAAACUACUGUAUGAACAAGCCCUUUGGGUCCUGGUUGGAGAGUGUGGAGAAUCAAAAGUGGCCACAAAUUCUUUGGCACUUGUCCCUCAGGCCCUGAGGGUUAUGUCUCCUCCCCUCGUGUCUGGGCGGCUCUGAUUGCUUAUCCAAUCGUGGAAGUGACACUGUGUCAGCUUCAAGGUCUCGGUCUUAAGAGGCUGGCAGCUUCCACUCCCUGUCCCUUGACACUCUUGCUGUGAAGGAAGGCAGCCUCCGGGAAAAAGCCGGACUGUCCAGAGACCGCCCUGCUGUGAGGAAGCCCACGCAGCCACGUGCAGAGGAGAGAUGCCCGGCCAGUCCCCAGCUUUCACACCAUCCAAGCCCAGUCGCCAGAUGCGGGAGAGAAGACGCCUUCAGCUGAUUCCAGAGCCUGCUAACAUAUGACUGCAACUGCAUGAGACACCCCAAGUGACAGCUGCCCAGUGAACCCACAGAACAAAAAUGUUCUUUCAAGCCACAAGUUCUGGGUUGUUUGCUACACAGCAACAGAUAACUGAGACAAGAGAGCAGGCCUGACUCGUGGGGCCACAGACUCAGCCCAUACCUUCUUCCCUGGUUCUAAGGUUCUUAGGAAGUUUGGAGCACCCCUGGAGCCCCUGAGGAACCUAGGUUUCUAUUGGGCAGUUCUAGGAGGGCUGCAGACCAAAUCAGGUAAUGCACCAGCCCAGCCCUGAAAUC